GGCGCCGCCCUGCUGGACCGCGCCCCGUCCGCGCCGCCCUGGGAGACCCACGGGCCCUCGCCCGAGCUCCGCCGCCUGCUGGCGGCCGCGUCGGCCGAGGCCGAGGACGGCGCCGGCGAGUAUGCAGGCAGUCAGGCAGAGGCGGCCUUCGAGGUGGAGCGCAUCCUCGUUUGCCCAGACCUGGGCGCCGUGCUGGGCGGAGGCAGCCUACACCAGCGAAGGCGGGAGUUCCGCCGGCUGCUCCUCCUGCUGCACCCCGACAAGGGCCUGGCCUUCGGACCGCGCGCCGCCGCGGCGCUGCAGCGGGCCGUGGACGCGAACGCGGCGCUGAACGGCACGGGCGCGGGCUGA